UUUAUAAUAACUCUUUUGUAAGAACUCAAAUCGAAUUCAACUCAUCUGAAAAUGGAAGCUCGAAAGCAAGACAAUGAACACAUUUUCCGCAGUCUAUAUCCAUCUGUGCCCAUUCCCGACAAGCUUACACUGCCUGAGUUUGUGCUCCAAGGAGUAGAAGAAUUCACAGAGAAUGUGGCGUUCGUAGAAGCUGUGACCGGUAAAUCCGUCACGUACGGUGAUGUAGUGAGAGACACAAAGAGGCUAGCCAAAGCGUUGACCUCACUUGGACUAAGGAAAGGUCAAGUAAUGGUUGUGGUUCUACCAAAUGUCGCCGAGUAUGGGAUUAUUGCCCUUGGCAUUAUGUCCGCCGGUGGAGUUUUCUCUGGCGCUAAUCCGACGGCUCUUGUCUCCGAGAUCAAGAAGCAAGUUGAAGCUUCUGGUGCUAGUGGAAUCAUCACUGAUUCUACUAACUUCGAAAAGGUGAAGGCUUUGGGUUUACCAGUAAUAGUGUUAGGUGAAGAGAAGAUCGAAGGAGCAGUGAACUGGAAAGAUCUUCUAGAAGCAGGAGACAGAUCUGGAGAUAACAAUAGAGAGAAGAUUCUUCAGACAGAUCUAUGUGCACUUCCUUUCUCUUCAGGCACAACAGGAUUACAAAAGGGAGUGAUGCUCACACAUCGCAACCUAAUAGCAAAUCUUUGCUCUACUCUCUUCAGCGUCCGGUCUGAAAUGAUCGGCCAGAUCGUGACUCUUGGUUUGAUUCCGUUCUUUCACAUUUACGGUAUCGUUGGAAUCUGUUGUGCUACAAUGAAGAAUAAAGGCAAAGUUGUUGCUAUGAGUCGGUAUGAUCUAAGGCUUUUCUUGAAUGCUUUGAUUACUCAUGAGGUCUUGUUUGCGCCUAUUGUUCCACCUAUUAUAUUGAAUCUUGUCAAGAAUCCGAUCGUCGAUGAGUUUGAUCUUUCUAAGCUUAAACUCCGUUCUGUUAUGACUGCUGCCGCUCCCUUAGCCCCCGAGCUUCUCACUGCCUUUGAAGCCAAGUUUCCUAAUGUUCAAGUCCAAGAGGCUUACGGAUUAACGGAGCAUAGCUGCAUUACUUUAACUCACGGUGAUCCUGAUAAAGGACAAGGAAUCGCGAAACGAAACUCUGUCGGAUUUAUACUUCCGAAUCUCGAGGUGAAGUUCAUAGAUCCUGACACUGGCCGGUCGCUUCCGAAGAACACUUCUGGUGAGCUCUGUGUGAGGAGCCAGUGUGUGAUGCAAGGUUACUUCGAGAACAAGGAAGAGACGGAGAAGACGAUCGAUGAAGAAGGUUGGCUUCACACUGGAGAUGUAGGUUACAUUGAUGAUGAUGGAGACAUUUUCAUCGUUGAUCGCAUCAAAGAACUUAUCAAAUACAAGGGCUUUCAGGUGGCUCCGGCGGAGCUUGAAGCUAUUCUACUCACUCAUCCAUCAGUUGAAGACGUAGCCGUCGUGCCGUUACCGGACGAGGAAGCGGGAGAGAUUCCGGUGGCUUGUGUUGUGAUGAAUCCAAAAGCGAAAGAGAAAGAAGAAGACAUCCUUAGCUUUGUUGCGGCAAAUGUGGCUCACUACAAGAAGAUCAGAGCCGUCCAUUUUGUGGAUUCAAUUCCCAAGUCUCUCUCUGGUAAAAUCAUGAGGAGGCUUCUCAGAGACAACAUCCUCAGCAUCAAGAAAACGCUAUUCUAAGUGGUUGAUUAACGGUUUGGUUAUCCAUUAAUUAGUCGCUUAAUUUAAUCUUCUUUUAUUAAGAAUGUUUUACUAUCAACGUUUUCAACGUUUCUGAUGUUUAACGGAGUAGACAAAACUAAUAACACACCAAGAACAUUCUACCUA